CUUCACGACACGCCCACACUCGCUUCCCAUUCUACGAGCGACCUACAAUCCCCUGCGCUCGAGCCCGACGAGCUCGCACCGCCCAUAUUUCCUGUCCAACCCUUCGACAAGCCGCGCUACAAUCCUCCUCCCACCCUCCCACCGCAACGAUGCUUGGCCUCACGAACAUGCAACCACGGCAACUAGCCACCCAAAUCCUCAACUUCGCGCUCGUCCUGUCCACCGCCUUCAUGCUCUGGAAAGGCCUCUCCGUCGCUACCGACUCGCCCUCGCCCAUCGUCGUCGUGUUGUCCGGCUCCAUGGAGCCCGCGUUCCAGAGAGGAGACCUGCUGUUCUUGUGGAAUCGGGGGAUGAAUACGUCGGUUGGGGAGGUCGUCGUGUAUAAUGUGAAGGGGAAGGAUAUCCCGAUUGUGCAUCGGGUGGUGCGGAGACAUGGUGGAGGGAAAUCACCCCUCCGACUCCUCACAAAAGGCGACAACAACGCCGCCGACGACACCGAGCUCUACGCUACGGGCCAGUCUUUCCUCAACCGCAAAGAGGACGUUAUCGGGAGCGUGGUUGGGUACAUUCCUUUCGUGGGCUAUGUCACGAUUCUGCUGAGUGAGUAUCCCUGGCUGAAACAGGCUAUGCUGGGGAUAAUGGGCCUCAUGGUGGUGCUGCAGAGGGAGUGACGGAAAGGCUAAGAGCUAGGCGCUGCGUUUUGUAAAGGAUCAUGAAUAGACAUGCCUCGACGUAUUAUAUGUGGCCGUCCUGCGCGUUUAUGAAGCGUGUGGGAAUUAAGGCUCACCUCUUCGAUGCAGGACAGGCGUUGGAUGCACUUUGUGCAAGGGUGGGAAAACGGUUCCGGACAGCAUGGCGCUCCGAUUCUGCUGUACACUGUCUGGCAUUUGAAGGAUGGAAAGAGAUAUCCUCUUGUGAAGAAUUGGGCCACGUUUUCAAGUGGAUCACAUGCCCAACUUGCCGCUUCCUUCAAGCGUCC